AUGGCACUCAUGCAAUUAGAAAUCGGUGUGAUAGUGGGAUUUUCAGGGAUCACGCUGCCACAGAUGACGGAUCCGGAAACACACAACCUCUUCCUAAACCCGUCAGAAGCAGCUCUUUUUGGAAGUCUCGUGAACGUAGGAGGUACUGCUGGGUGCGUCGUGUGUGGACCUCUGUUGGUGAACCUCGGUCAACGAGUGACCCUCCUCCUGGCCAUACCCUUCCUCGUGGCUUCCUGGCUCGCACUCGCUCUUUCCAAUAGUGUCUGGCUGCUCCUGACAAGUCGCACCAUUCUAGGUCUUAUUAUGAGCAUCCUGCAAUCUAGUACAGGCCAAUACAUCGCCGAAAUCGCUCACAAGAACGCACGUGGAACUCUCGCUGGAGCUAUUUCACUUGCUAGACAAACUGGUGGUCUAAUGGUAGCUGCCCUAGGAAUUUCGAAGCUCGAUUGGCGACAAAUGGGCUUAGUUUACUGCGGUUUAUCUGCAAUUCCUUUCUUCGGCCUCCUCCUCUUGCCGAACUCCCCCCGCUGGCUCGUUUCUCAGGGCCGCGUUACCGAAGCUCAGAAAGCUCUCAACUUUUUCAGAGGUAAGCAUUAUGACUCUGAAGAAGAGUUAAAAGGCAUCACACAACACGCUGGAGAUUCUAGGAGGGGUGACAGCUCUUGGCAGCAAGCACGGCUAAUCUUGGAACCAGCAACUCUACGCACGUUCUGUUUAGUGGCAAUUUUAAUUCUCUUGAUGUCAUUGAAUGGAAGUUUUGCUAUGACAACAUAUUUAGUGCCUAUCUUCCAAUCGACGGAAAUCAGCUUAGAUCCAUACAUCACUGCCAUAAUAUUUGGCUCCUUCAAGGUCCUUGGAACGUUUAUUCACCUCUGUAUAAUUGACCGAGUGGGACGUAAGCCCAUAUUAAUACUGUCUUAUUCUGUAUGUUCUUUGUGUAUGGCUGCUUAUGGUGUAUACUUGUACAUGAAGGAGUCCCGGAAUGUUGAUAACAUUUGGUGGCUCCCACUUGCUGCAGUAUUUAUAUACAUUUUAUUUAUCGGUAUUGGACAACCGGUUUUUUCUGUAUUAUGUAUUGAAUUAUUUUCUACAUCGUGUCGAUCUAUUACUGGUUCAUUAAUAGGUUUAGUAAUGAUGUUCGGAAUGUUUGUAGCAUCCCAAACGUUUCCAAUGACAGUAGAAGCACUGGGAGAACAUGGAACGUUUUGGAUCUUCAGUGGUGUGUGCGCAACAUUAACCAUUGUCAGCGCUGUUGCUCUGUCAGAGACACGGGGGCGCUCCCUGGAGGAGAUCACAAGCAACCAGGCUUCGAACCCCAAAAGUGACAGUGGCACGCUUGUGGCUGAUGUUGUGGCCGGUGGGACACUUGUGGCUGAUGUUGUGACCGGUGGGACACUUGUGGCUGAUGUUGUGGCCGGUGGGACACUUGUGCCUGACGUUGUGACCGGUGGGACACUUGUGCCUGACGUUGUGACCGGUGGGACACUUGUGCCUGACGUUGUGACCGGUGGGACACUUGUGCCUGACGUUGUGGCCGGUGGGACACUUGUGCCUGACGUUCUGACCGGUGGGACACUUGUGGCUGAUGUUGUGACCGGUGGGACACUUGUGGCUGAUGUUGUGGCUGGUGGGACACUUGUGGCUGGUGGGACACUUGUGGCUGAUGUUGUGGCCGGUGGGACACUUGUGCCUGAUGUUGUGGCCGGUGAGACACUUGUGCCUGACGUUGUGGCUGAUGUUGUGGCCGGUGGGACACUUAUAGCUGAUAUUGUGGCCGGUGGGACACUUAUAGCUGAUAUUGUGGCCGGUGGGACACUUGUGGCUGAUGUUGUGGCCGGUGGAACACUUGUGGCCGAUAUUGUGGCCGGUGGGACACUUGUGGCCGAUAUUGUGGCCGGUGGGACACUUGUGCCUGACGUUGUGGCCGGUGGGACACUUGUGGCUGAUGUUGUGGCCGGUGGGUCACUUGUGGCUGAUGUUGUGGCCGGUGGGACACUUGUGGCUGAUGUUGUGGCCGGUGGAACACUUGUGCCUGAUACCGUGCUGGCCGUAGCAAUUGGCGGCGUUGUCGAGACAGUCGUUGUAGCAGCCGAUAUAUUUGUCUGGAAUGUGGACGAGGCUAAUUCCGUCGGUGGAGAAGUUGACUCUGUUGCGAGUGAAAAUUCUGUUAUUGUUGACGUUCCUACUGCUGCUGUACUAUUUGAUAUUCCAAGCGGUGCUGCUGUUGCAGUUUCUGAUGUAGCUGUUGCGGUUCCUGUUAGUGUUGUUGGUACGUCAGUUCCCAGUUCUCGUGACACCGUUGUUUCUGAUGGCAAUGAAGUUUCCGUAGCUGCAUACGUGUUAGUUUCUGUACUAUUUUGUUGCAUUGAUAUUGUUCCUCCUGCUGUUAUUCCAUCAGCACUUGGUAGUCUCAUUAGAGCAUCUGCCAAAUAG